CCGGCUCGUCUCCUCGCACACGCGCUUCAGUGCCGUAGCGAUCGUUUUGAGGGAAGGAUUGUAUUCUAGUCGUCCUCGAAAUCGCGAAUGCGUCCAAACGUCCGUGAGUCCUCUUGGCGGGUCUUUGCUCGAGACAACAUAGAAGGGGUUCAAGAGCAACAAGGAAAGCGAAGAAAAAGAAGCUGACGUUUUGUAUAAAUCCAAGGAAUUAAAAUCAAAUAAGUCGGUGAGAAGAAGAAAAGGAAAUCAAAUAUCAAGGUUAAAAAAAGAGAGAUUACGUACAGAAGGAAAUUAGAUUAUUUUUUCAAAAGGGGAAAUAAGAGAAGGAAGAAGAAAAAAGGAAGGAAAAGUAGAUACCUGCUAGGGGCACCAAUAAGGAUCUCAUUGUUUGCUUGGUGUUACCACGCGUAUAAUAUACAUAUAUCCUGAUUAACGAAUUCAAUUUGGCUGGUGCGUUUGCAGACACGAGACUGCCUGUCCUAAGGCGGACGUUUCGAAGCUGAAUGAGGCUGAUGGAACCUUUGCGUAUCGCCCCGGAUGUCGUCGAUAUAAGUGCAUUGAAAAAAUGGACCGAUUUUCCUGUCCAACAUCGAUUCACGGACUAUUCGAAUUCUAUCGACGAACCGAGCCAUCACACCAUUAGUCCAUUCCCUUGUCAACCUGCACUUAACAACAAAAUCGCAUUAUGGACUGGCGAUAUAUCGGUAUUACAAGUCGACGCCGUGAUAAACUCCACGAACGAGACAAUGGACGAAAAUAGCAUCAUGUGCCAAAGAAUAUUCGAUCGAGCGGGGUCAGCACUUAAGAUGGAAAUCUAUAACGAAGUGAAAGAAUGUAAAACUGGAGAAAUCCGAAUAACUCAAGGACACGGCUUACCUGCACGGUUUAUCAUUCACACGGUUGGCCCAUUUUACAAUAUCAAAUAUCAAACAGCAGCUCAGAACACUUUGCAUUGUUGCUAUAGGAACGUAUUACAAAAAUCUCGAGAGCUUGGGUUACGUAGUAUCGCUUUGCCGGUAAUCAACUCGGUGAGAAGAAAUUAUCCACCUGAUGCAGGAGCACAUAUAGCACUCAGAACGAUAAGAAGGUUUCUGGAACAAUAUUCAGACUCUCUGACCUGUAUUAUUCUCGUCCUAGAAGCCUGUGACCUCGGUAUAUACGAAAUACUUCUGCCACUAUAUUUUCCAAGAAAUUUGGCGGAACAGGACAAUGCUUGCUGGCAGUUACCUAUCGAUUUAGGUGGAACGGAUGGAGAACCACUGUUACCUGAUCGUCAAAUUAGAAUUAUUGACAAUCCUCAGCAUGCUUUACAUGACGACGAAGAAACUGUGGAACUUUCUGCACAAUUGGAGACAUCUGUAAAUAUCGGGGAACAUGCAUUUGCACAAAUGCAAGGUGACUUGGAUCGACAAAGGCUACUCGGAGAGAGAUCGGUCACUGAUCCUCUUGCUGAUAUCAUGAUCAAACAGAUGCAACAAAAAGAAAGAUAUGAAAGGCUUCUGCGAAGAGCAAAAACGGAAGAUCUCACAGAGGUGUCUGGAAUUGGUUGUCUUUAUCAAAGUGGUGUAGAUCGUCAAGGAAGACCAGUCGUAGUCUUUGUUGGCAAAUGGUUCCCUGCUACAAAGAUUAACUUGGACAAGGCUUUACUGUACGUUAUUCAAUUAUUAGACCCUAUUGUGAAAGGAGAUUAUGUGAUCGCAUACUUUCACACGUUAACCACGAGCAGCAAUUAUCCUAGCUUACAAUGGCUACGCGAAGUCUACAAUGUGCUUCCUUACAAGUAUAAAAAGAAUCUUAAGCACUUUUAUAUCAUUCAUCCUACUUUCUGGACAAAGAUGAUGACGUGGUGGUUCACGACAUUUAUGGCACCAGCGAUAAAACAAAAAGUGCAUAAUUUACCUGGCAUUGAAUACUUGUAUGAAGAUAUGGCACCUGAUCAAUUAGAAAUUCCAGCAUACAUCACGGAAUACGAUAUGACGGUAAAAUAUAAACGGGCUAAGAUAUUACACGCCAGAACAAUUUUCCGAAGUAGAAACCUCGUCGCGAACGUAACUCUUCGAAAACAGAUAAAAGAGCGAAAGAACACAGGUAGAAAUAUAGAAGAAACAAAUAUAGAAAAUGAUAUUUUAAAAGAAAAGCAAAAGAGAGAAGUUUUGUGCAAAGGCGUGUUGCUUAAGUGCACAAAAUUGAAGCUACAAUUAUUUAAUUAUCGAAACACACGUAAAACUUUUAUCUAACGUAAGAUAUCUCAUAUGUCCCUUAUCGUUCAUUCUUCCAACGCAAGAAAAAAAAAAAGAAAA